UCCCAGUAGAAACUGAAACAUUGUGAAAAGCACAUUAAGACUUUCAUAAGCAACUGAGCUUUUCCUGAGAUAUUAAAGCUUUAGAAGGAUAAAGAGUUGCAGACUACAGAUCGAUCCAAAAGGAUUUCAACCACCACUGUUGUACUAGGACAGGCUCGCAGCCAUGUCUACUGUGGUGGAUCUAAAAACCAAGGAGGAGAAAGAUGCUGAACUGGACAGACGAAUCGAAGCGCUGCGCAAAAAGAAUGAGGCACUCGUGCGUAGGUACCAGGAAAUAGAAGAGGAUAAGAAAAAGGCAGAGCAAGAGGGCAUUGCCGUGACAACGCCUCGCAAACCUCGCUCUCAUGAACACGAGGUGGAAAGGCGGAAAACAGAAAAGGAAAAUUUCACCGUGACCGUUGAUCUGUCCAAACCCAGUGGAGAGAAGAGAGUGGUUAAUGAUAGAAAAGGAGCUUUGCACCACGGAGAACAAGGCCCAGAGGAGGGAGAUGGUUUCCCCAGGCCUCAGGGCGAAAGCCCGCCCCGGAGGACCGGCUCUGGACGACUAAACAGGGGAGGACAGCGGGGGGGUGGAGGUCCGCGGUCAGAGCGGAGAGAACCGAGGCCUGACAGACAACCAUGGGAUGGAGAAUCAGGGGACGGACCUCCGCGAGGCGAACGCAACCAGAGAGGAGGAAGGAGAGGGGGAAGAGGAGGAGGUGGAGGAACACCAGGAGGAGGGUCAGGGUCUGACAGGAAGUCUAAGGAGUGGGAGGAGAAGAGGAGACAGAACAUCGAGAAGAUGAAUGAGGAGAUGGAAAAGAUCGCAGAGUACGAGAGAGGUCAAAGGGCUGAUGGAGAUAAAAACCCCACCCGUAAUUUUCUGGAUGAUCCACGACGCAGUGGACCCAUUCCUGACACCGACCGUAAAGAGGGCAGCCGUCGGCACAUCAGGAACUGGGGUGGACUGGACUUUGACAACGUCAAAACCGGUGCCGAGGUAGAAAAAGAGUGGACGAGUCGGAGACCGGGGGGGAAAGGUUCUGUGGACAUGACCCUGUCUAUGACGGGUCGGGAGCGGGCUGAGUACCUGCGCUGGAAGAAGGAACGUGAACAAAUAGAUGAAGAGAGACUGGCUCGCCAUCGCAAUGCCACCGGACAAUGGAGACGGGAAUGGGACGCCCAGAAAACAGACAACAUGUUCAAGGAGGACGCAGCUGUGGCCGUAGAGGGGACGCCAGAACAGAGCAAUAGGAGAGAGGACGGCAAGAGACCUCCCAAAGCACCCACGUUUGGGGAUUUCUUGGGACACGGCAAGUCGAGAGAGGCGGGCCGCAGGGGGCGAGGUCGAGGAAAGGGUCAGACCCAGGGCAAGAGUUACAGCAUGCACGAUAACCGUUGGGAGGGAGAGAAAGAGGAGGAAAAAGGAAAGAAGGAAGAAACAGAGAAAGAGAAGGAUGAGAAGAAGCCAAAAGCUUCAUCCUCUGAGAAGCAGCCUAAGGAGGCGGAGGAGAAACCAGCUGACAGGGGAACUGCCGAGGAAGAUGAUGACGAGUGGGAAGACGCCAGCGACGGAGACGAAGAAGAGGUGGGAGAAGACGGCGAAGAGUCUGAAGGCGAAGAACAAAAAUCCCAAAACAAAGACAGCCCGAUAGACAAGACCCCAACCUCUCCUGCUCCGCCAGCACAAAGCCCUAAGGAGCAACGCACCCCUAGACCUAAGGUCCGGAUCCCAUCUCCUCAGGAGAUCCAGGCCACCCCAGAGCUGGCCACCAAGCCCCUCAGCCCCUUCUCCCCGCUGGAGGGCCACCAGCCUGUCACCGACUGGGGGGAGGAGAUGGAGAUGCUGUCGCCUCGGAGUAGCCUCGGAGAGAGCCCGCUGAAGCCGGGGAGUAACGAGGGGAGCCCUUCCCAGGCCAAGAGCCAGGAGGAGGAGCAGGCUAAGUCCAGCCAACCAGCAGAGCAGGAGAAACAGGAUAACACACAGACAGAAACCUCUGAAGAAACAUCAUCAUCAUCAUCAAAGGAGCCAGCUGAAACCACUACAACCACCAACCAAGACAUUGUGGUGUCCACUCCACCACCAGCCCAGGACUCCACGGCAUCAAAGGAGGAAACCCCAGCUCCUGUCAUAGAGCCCAAUGAGAAGCUGGCUGACAGCCAGCCCCCAGCAGCGGAGUCGGCCGCAGACUCGGCCGUGGAGAGCUCUGAGCAGCCAUCCUCAGGCUGACGACCGACACAAACAACUGGACUUUUCAGUCAUAGGGAUUCAGAAAGGAAGGAAGAAGAAGAAGAGAAGAGAGAUCCUGGGAGGGAGGGGGUUGGGUCAGGAAGGGAUAAAGCAUUGACUGAAAAUAUAAAGGAGGUGGGCAGAGGGAGGGGGGAUUUAUCCUCUGGUCUCAUAAACGGCACUGCCUCUGCUCUAUCUGAUCAGCAUCUGGUAUCUUGAGUCUUCUGAUCAUUUAGUGAUCCCACCGUGAGCCUGGUGCCACCUCUAUUUAUGUGGUUCAGUCUGUAAAACAUGCCUUGCUGAAUCCAGUUUACAUUAAUGUAAAUAUGACGUAGAGUGAUUACAAACCUCCCAGUUACCUAAAAUAAACAAACUCAAAUCUACAGCUACAGCCAUCUCAGACCUACACAAACCUCAAAUGCAUUUAUUGAAGGGUAUUGCAUUUUAAUUGGGCAAAAAAAAAAAAGGAAAGAAAAAAAUUGUUAUUUCUCACCUUUUGCUUCCAUUAGGAAAGCAGUCAGACUGCCUUAAUUUAUGCCUCAGAAAUUAUAAUUGGUUUUGACCAGAAACUGUGGGAAUACCCUAAAAUACCCUAUGGGAUCUUUUACCAUUCUUGGGCUUUUCAUCUUUGGGCGUCAUGUUCAUUCAGGCAUGUUUUACGAGACACGUUACUUAAAAUUAAACUGGAGUGUCGGGGCAUUGGUUCUUUACAAACUCAAUGUACAAAGUGUUUCUAAUUAUUGACUAAAGCUAGAUGUGAACAAAUCGUGUGCAUGGGGAAAAUCAUGAUGUUUGAGUUGGUUUCAUUUACAGUGCAGUUAUCGGUGACCGCAUAGACCAGUGUCUUUGACACUGAGAUCAUCCACAUCUGACCAAAGACCAUGGUGUGUGUCCAGUUGCUGGAUAGGCGGUGGCCUGUAUGAUGCAGUGAAAAUCAUUUCAUCAAAUAAUGUGUACCUCAGUAGACUUAUGUUUUUCUUUUGUUUUUUUUUUGGUUUUUGGCUUUUGUCUACUCGUUUUACUUUAUUUUCCUUUAGUUGAUAUUGACUGGUUAAAUAUUGGCUCAUCUAAAUUGUACUGAUAAAUGUUGCUCCUGUAUCUGGAUGAAAUGAAUUAAACAGGAGCCUCAGCAAUGCAAUAUGUAUAGUUUUUAAAGAAAAUCAUAAACCACAUUCCAGUGUAUAUGUGAAGGCUUUUUUUGUGAGUGUGACACUGUUUGCAUUGAGGUCUUUACAUUUUUAAGUCUUGAGGUAGCAGAAAGAAAAACAGAAAAAUCAUGACCUUUGUGAUUGUAUUGUAUCUACUGCAUCUCACUGCUAAGGACUUGUCUUCCUGUUUUAAAAAAAGGAAUAAAAAGUACAUCAUUUAAAUGA